UAGACAUGAGUGGGAAGAAAAGGGUGUGCUCUGCCUGUCAGAGGAAUGGCCGGUUAACAUGCAGAAGGACCCGGCUGGGGGAGCCCUGGCUGAAGACGUACCCUCUCCAGUGUGUGGGUCUGCUGAGGAGGGCCAGAGUCGCCUUCCAGGCGGGGCGCACCGUCACGGAGGUCUUCAGACUGGCUCAGCUGGAGGCUGUGGUGCGGAUGCUCGAGGAACACGAGUGUGACUUUGUGGACGCUCUUGGACGGGACCUCCAUAAGCCGAGGUUUGAGACCGUCGUGUCAGAACUGAUUCUGGUGAAGAACGAGGCGCUUCAUGCCAUCAACAACCUCAAGACGUGGAUGCAGCCGCAGCACGUGGAAAGAAACCUGUCCACCACGUUGGACGAGUGCCUCGUCCUGAGUGAGCCUCUGGGGGUGGUGUUGAUCAUGGGGACCUGGUGCAGUCCGGUCCAGACGUGUCUGGUGCCGCUGGUCGGGGCCAUCGCAGCAGGGAACUGUGCCGUCAUCAGCCCCUGUGAGCGCACCCCUCACACGGCGGAGCUCCUUCAUCGCCUCGUCCCCUGCUACCUGGACAACGAAUGUUUCCAUGGGAUUCUGGCUGGCACGAAUGACUUGCCGGAAGUUGUGGAACUUAAAUUUGACCAUGUCUUCUUUACAGGCAACAGGGAGGAGGGCAGCAGGAUUGCUCGCGCUGCAGCCGGCACGCUCACGCCCGUCACCCUGAUCCUGGGGGGCAAGAACCCGUGUUACGUGGACCGACACUGCGACGUUUCCACCGCCGCACAGCGCAUUGCUUGGGCCCGCUUUCACAACGCCGGGCAGAGUGUCGUGGCGCCCGACUACGUCCUGUGCCACGCGGACGUCCAGGCGCAGCUGCUGCAGGCCCUGAAGUGCUGCUUGAUGCAGUUCUACGGCGCCGACCCCAGAGAGUCUCGCAGUUACGGCCGCAUGGUCGAUCUCGAGAUCUUCAACCGGACGAGAGAGCUGCUGUGGAGGUCCGGCAGAGUGGCUGUGGGCGGCCAGGUGAUAGAAGCAGAGAGAUAUAUCGCCCCAACGAUUCUGACGGGGGUAGCAGAAUCGGAUCCCAUCAUGCAACGGGACAUUUUUGGCCCAGUUCUUCCUGUUCUGACUGUAAACAAUAUGGAGGAAGCAAUUGCCUUUAUUAAUAAGCAGGAGAAACCCCUCUGUGUGUACGCAUAUUCCAGCAACAGCAAGGUCGUCUCCAGGCUCAUGAGCGAGACCUCCAGCGGGAGCUUCUGCUCCAACGACAGCAUCCUGCAGAGUCUGAUGGUGGCGCUGCCGUUCGGGGGAGUCGGGUCCAGUGGGAUGGGCUCCUACCAUGGCCGCCACAGCUUUGAUGCGUUCUCUCACAGGAAGGCGUGCCUGCUCAGAGGCACCCGGUUUGAGUGCGUGAGCCGUCUGCGUUAUCCACCCUAUGAGGACCGCAACCUGUCCCUGAUGACGUGGGCCAGCACCCUGUCCCAGAAGAGCCAGGGCUGGUGCCAGAUCAUGUGACAACAAAGCCAUGUCGGAGGAAAGCUGAUUGUACCGCAAGUCCUCAACUCUUAUGAUGUGCAACAUUAGUCAAAACAAAAUGUACUGGGGUGCAGCCACAUUAAACAGAGCAAUAUAUAAAGUGCUGUUCAAUCUCUGGGUGAUGCCAAUUGUGAUAUGCUGCUGUAUUCAAAGAUCUCAGAUGCUGUUUGACCAACCUGUGCAAAAUGUGAAUGUCAUGUAAGUUCAUUACUGAAUUUAUUGCGAUAUUAUACCAAGAAGAAAGUUGCACCAAACUAGAACACAUUUUGGCCACAUAUUUAUUGAUAUAUUUACAAUAAAAGUGAAAUCUCUGCAAACCAAG